AUGGUUGUGAAACGCAAGCGUGAGACCACAGUGGUCUCUAAGCCAAAGGCUAAAGAAGACUCACCACCCGCCGUGGACAAUGCGCAGGACGUAUUCCGCAAACUAUUCGAGGCGCAAUUCGAGCCUCUUGAUUUGCCAGCGCCUACCGCCAAAGCUGCCAAACCCUCAAAUUCCGACGAAGAUGAAGAGGACGAUGAUUCUGAUGAUUCGGGUUCAGAAGGCGAUUGGGAUGGAAUGUCCGACAUCAGCGACGAGAGCAACCAAGUGGAGGUAGUCGAGCAUACCGACGCACGCGCUGCUCCAGCGGACAGAAUGGACAAGAAGGCCUGGAAGGCAUUCAUGAGCGGUAAAGUCGUGUCUUCCUUGGACAAACCCACUACCAAGCCAGAGCCCUCAUCCAAGAAGGAAGAGGAGGAAGACUCGCACGAUAUGAUGAACUUGAAGCACGAUCUUUCUCUGCAGCGCCUGCUCACGGAAUCACACCUCCUCGACUCUGCCGACGAUCUAGCGCCAACCGGAAAGAACCGCCUCAAGGCCUUGGAUCUGCGCAUGCAAUCCCUCGGGGCCAAAGAUUCGCUCUAUGCGCAAAACAAGAUGCCAACUGCGCACCGACGAGGAAUCAAGGCCAAGGCCGCUACAAAGGAGGACAAGCGUCGCCGUGAGGCCAAGGAGAACGGCAUCAUUCUCGAGAAGCCUAGCAAGGUGACCAAAUCGAGCAAUAAUGGACGAAGGGAGCGUGGUGUCAACGGAGCAUCGGUUGGCAAGUUCUCGGGCGGCACUCUGAACCUCAACAAGCAAGAUAUCGAGCGUGUUCAAUCCUCCGGGCGUCGCAUGGCCGGCGGGAGAGGCAAGGGCAAGCCCAAGUCGAGAGGUGGCAAGCGUUAA